AUGCCUCUUACUGCCCUUCCGAAUGAAAUAAUACUCUUAAUUGCAGCCCAUCUGGAUUCAGAAAGUGAUAUUCUGCACUUUCUGAUAACCAACCGCACUCUGUACAACCUUCUCAUCCUUGAGCUGUUCAAAAGAAACGUGGAGCAUACCGGAGGGAGCGCUUUGAUCAAAAACGUUGAAAAUCGCCACGAAUGGGCUGUGAGAGCCCUAUUAUCCCUGAAAGCGAACCCGGAUAUUGUUGCGUUCGACCUUGAAUGGAACACGCCCUUAACGAUUGCCGUCACCUAUGGCUAUACAGCUAUAGUCCAGAUUCUUCUUGAGAAUGGAGCAAACCCCGGUUUCGUGAACGACCGAGGCACAAAGCCCCUGACUAGGGCUAUAAAAUACAACCAGGGUACCUCUAUCAUGAAGUUGCUGAUUGACUACGGUGCCUACGACGACCCCCCUGUCCGCCCUGAACCCUGGACUCAUAACCUUCGCCAUCAUCAAGAUAACCCGCUAGUCGCUGCCGUGAUAUCAGGAGACAUCCAUAAACUAGAGGUACUUCGUGCCCAUGCGAAUUUGAACCUCUCAGACGACCACCUGGGCCCGAGCCUAUUGCGCUGUGCUGUCCAGUUUGGGAGUUCUUUGGAAAUGAUGAAGAUGCUUCUUGACUCUGGCCUUGACCUCAGUGGGAACGAUGGGUUGGAAUCGUUGAAACACGCUGCGAGAAUGUCAUCACUGCCAAUGGUUCAGCAGCUGCUGGAUCUUGGUGCCCCCGUGAACGCGGCAGACGACCACGAAAGCAUCAGUCCCUUACAUGUUGCUGCGGAUCCUAAUUACCAUACUGAUGUGGCCAUAAUAAAGUUACUCAUUGACCACGGAGCUCAAGUCAAUGCCAUCAGUUUUACCGGCCAGACCCCUCUACUUUGCACAGCUCGUCGAUGUGAUGUUGCUGUCGCAACGGUGCUUCUUGAUAAUGGCGCGGAUGUGAAUUUCCAAAAUGAUUAUAAUAAAACUGCACUACAUAUUGCCGCUGAGUUGAAUGGUGCAGACCUGAUCAAGCUGCUUCUUUCUUGUGGAGCUACGGUGCCUUCUAAAGCCAAUGGCUUGCCUCCUAUUCGCUUGGCGGCGGACAAUCCAAUAGCUCAGAUGUUGCUCGCGCACGAUUCUAAUGCACAUUUUCGAGAAUAA